UGCAUGUGCACCCCCCCAUCUGCUUGGUGUGCGGGCUGAGUUUCGAGAGACUGAUCUUCGAUGGAGGACCACUUGAUGGGGCACAACAAGGGGAAGCGUUAUGAGUGCAACGUGUGUGGGAAGGCCUGGCAGAGCCCGAACCAUCUGGAGCCCCACCGGCGGGUGCACACGGGAGAAGGCCCCUUCGACUGCUCAGAGUGCGGCAAGAGCUUCAUCCGCUACUACAGACUGCUGCGGCACAACCGCGAGCACUCAGGCGAGAGGGCCCUUCAGCUGCUCCGACUGCUGCAAGAGCUUCAAGACGAUGCAUGAGCUGAAGAUGCAGCUGCGAGUGCACACGGGCGAGAAGCUCUUCAGCUGCUCCACCUGUGGCAAGAGCUUUGCCCGGUUGUCGGGGCUGGGGCUGCACCGGCGGGUGCACAGCAGUGAGCGGUCCUUCACCUGCUCCGGCUGCGACAAAGGCUUCAAGUCGUCGUCGGACCUGUUGAUGCACAGGCAGGUCACGGUGCAGCCGGUCUGCGGCCACAAUCACCACGAUGCCCGUGGCCAGGGGUCUGAGUCCAUCACCUCCCCCACAAAGGCCACCAGCUUGGCACUGGUCACGGCACCCCGAUCCGGCCUGCUGGAGGCUGCCUUUGUGGGGGAGGUGAUGGGCCGGUACUUCUCUCUGGUGAAGGCGAGGGUGGAGGCGGCAGUCCCUGGCAACACCGCGGCCACUCGGCAAGGACGGCAGCGGACUGACCGAUCUCCUCGCCACUCUCUCCACCACCAUCCUCAACCAGAUCAAGGUCGUGCUGGCAUCCGUACAUCUGAAUUUCAAAAUCCAUGUAGAAAUCUCAUGCCUAUCACAUCCGAACUGUAA